UCUGCUGCGUCGCCUGGCUCGAACCGAGGCUCGCAAGCGGCUAUGCAGUUCUUCAUCAAACUGUGCAAAAACUCUCAUUAUGCAUUUGCCCGCGGUGCUGCGUAGCUAAAUCUUUAUCACUGCUAGAGAAUAUGCAUGUAGCUGCAGCGUGCACGCGUGAGGAAAGAGGAUACCCUGCCUGCAGCCGCUGCACGAAAGAGAGGGGACUCAGCCGUGCUUUCAUCAUUAUAAUCACCAUCCUAAGUGCUCGCUCUUAACAUUUUGUUUUUCGCUGUUCGGGCGAGAAGUGACAAGAGUGUAGACCCCUCCUCUGCAGGGCGGAGCGUGCAUUUUCAUUUCGGUAUUUUGUUUUUUUUUUUCCUUCCCUCUUUGCAUUUUUUUCCCCUUCCUACCCCUGUACCCUGCUCUGACACGUCUGCACUGAGUGAGUGGCAUUGGCACACUGUCAAUCGCUCACUAGCGCUGCCAUCAAACAACAUAAAACACACAGGCAGAGGCUGGAGCUCAUAAAUUUCAGCAGGGCAAGAUAUUUUUUGCGCAUCGCCUUUUAUACAACGUACUAUCCUAAUUAAUAUCGUCUCGCUGUUGCUUUUUUUUUUUCUCUUUCGCAACAACAACAAAAAAAAAAUCUCAACUUUUUUUCUAUAUUUCAUAUUUUUUUAUAGGAACAUUUGGACACCUUGUGCUGCCGGUUGUGUAUUUUUUUUUUAAAUACAGGGAACAUUUCUGCAUAUUUACCUGAGAUUUAGCCUGCAAUUUGUAAGAUUAUUAUUAUUUGUUUUACACGUUUCCACGUUGGAUAAUUUUCGCAAAGGUGGAUAAGGACAUUUUCAAGAGGAAAUGCGCCGGGGAUUCUGGUGAAGAGACCACCAAGGACCAUUUCUUGUCUACGCUACCGGUGUUAAAUCGCAGAGAGAGAGAGCGAAAAAAAGACAGAUCGGUGCGAGGAUUUGGAGCGGGGAUAUGAUGGAGCGUCAAUUUUGACGAAGUUUUAAGAAGAAGAAAGAUUUUUGUAUUUUUUAUUUUCCUUUUUCCCCCCACACAACAGUGCCGCGCGUUUUGGGCACUUUGGACCGCGCGUAAAAAGCGAGCAUCAAGAGGACUACUUCACGCUAAAAAUAUACCUGCUGUAGUUGUUGUUAUUGAAGAAACACGCUUCUUUAUUUCGCUGAACAAUCCCAGCGCGUUUGCAUCCAUCUAGUCUCUACGGCACAUGCUCUAGCCGAUUUCGUAUAUGAGUUUUUCAAUUUGUGUGGCUCAGUGCACAGACUCUUUAGCGGCUACCAUGGACGAUCAAGCCCGGAUCAUGCAGUCCAUCGGCGGCGUCAGUCUGGCCGGCCACUCGGUGCAGGGAGGCAUGCCGCUGCCGCCUCCGCACGGACACGACGGGACGGACGGGGACGGGAGGAAGCAAGACAUCGGUGACAUUCUGCAUCAGAUAAUGACCAUAACCGAUCAGAGUCUGGACGAGGCGCAAGCAAAAAACAGGAAACAUGGACUGAACUGUCACAGAAUGAAACCAGCACUCUUCAGCGUUCUCUGUGAAAUCAAAGAAAAGACAGGUCUCAGCAUCCGGGGCGCCCAGGAGGAGGACCCUCCAGACCCCCAGCUCAUGCGUUUAGACAACAUGCUGCUGGCGGAGGGAGUGGCAGGACCAGAGAAAGGUGGCGGGUCUGCGGCGGCGGCGGCUGCAGCCGCGGCCUCGGGCGGGGCAGCCGACAACUCCAUUGAACAUUCUGACUACAGAGCCAAACUCACGCAGAUCAGACAGAUCUACCACACAGAGCUUGAGAAGUACGAGCAGGCAUGUAACGAGUUCACCACCCAUGUGAUGAACCUGCUGAGGGAACAAUCCCGCACGCGGCCCAUCUCGCCCAAAGAGAUCGAGCGCAUGGUGGGAAUAAUCCACCGCAAGUUCAGCUCCAUCCAGAUGCAGCUGAAGCAAAGCACCUGCGAGGCUGUCAUGAUCCUGCGCUCCAGAUUCCUGGACGCCAGGCGAAAAAGGAGAAACUUCAGUAAGCAGGCGACAGAAAUUUUGAACGAAUAUUUCUACUCGCACCUCAGCAACCCUUACCCGAGCGAGGAGGCUAAGGAGGAGCUGGCCAAGAAGUGCAGCAUCACCGUUUCCCAGGGGGUGGGAAGCACCAUCACAGUAUCACAGGUAUCCAACUGGUUCGGCAACAAAAGGAUCCGGUACAAGAAAAACAUCGGCAAGUUUCAGGAAGAGGCCAACCUGUAUGCCGCCAAGACUGCCGUGAACGCGGCGCACGCUGCAGCCGCUGCAGUGCAGAACAGUCAGGCCAACUCCCCCACCACUCCCAACUCCGGAUUCCAGAUGAAAGAUGAAGAGUUUCAGCUGGAUUCUGCAGAGAGCAAAAACACUCUUUUAAGCAACAUGUUUACUGGUUCUUCAGGUUCUUUUAGCCUCCCAAACACUGGGGACAUGUUCUUGAGCAUGCAGAGUCUGAAUGGGGAAUCUUACCAAGGGGCACAAGUCGGAGCCAAUGUACAGUCACAGGUGGAUACCCUGCGCCAUGUUAUCAGUCAGACGGCAGGAUACAAUGAUGCUCUAGCAGGAAACACCAUGUAUAGCCCACAUGGCCUAAAUGCUAAUGGAGGAUGGCAAGGUGCAAGGACUCCAUGUUCUGUGAUCUCUCCCACGGAAGGACCUGGAAGUGUGCACUCGGACACCUCAAACUGAAAAAUGCAUCUUCCCCCUGCAGCGCAGCAUGGACUUCAUUUCCUGUAAAACAGAAGAGGAAUUUAAAACAUAAAAAAAAAUAAUAAUAAUUUUCCCUUAAGAUUUCCUGCGACCGCAGUGCACACAUGCACAUGGCAUCCUCCAUUAUGGACACCAAGUGUUUCCUGAUCGCUUAGUGUUUUCUUCCAUGAAUCCACUGUAAUCGCCAUGCUUUUUACUCGUUUGUUGUGGCGGCAAACACAAAGACAUGUACAAAUACAAACGGCCCUCCAACAUCACCAUGCAAACUAUCAGGAUAAUUAUCUCCGGGCUCUGCUCAAAAAUAACCGGGUGACAUUUUAAACGCCCGUUUGUUUGAUUCUCGUUUGAUUGCCGCUCUCCAUUUUUGAUAAUUGAGCUCUCUCCUUCCUUUUUCUUUCAAUUAAUGCAGCUGUUUCUUUGACUCUAAUGCGCUUGCAGCCCUGUCCGGCGACUCAACAAUGCUCUCGCUGACAGCUCGGUGGCAGCUUUGCGGUUACUUUUCAAGAUUUAUUUUUGUCUCACAGCUGUGUACAUGAGUGCGGGAAAAUGACUAUUCAAACUAUGGAACAUAAAGAAGCGUAAUUGAUGACUUGACUAAAACGUGACACGGUUCCAUAUUUUAUAAUUUGACAUUUUGUUGUACAUAUGUAAACAUUUCUUUUGUACUGCUUAUGGAAUCAACAAAGCUCCCCCCGCAGUAGAUCAUCCUGACACGGCACACGGGAGCCCGCCCCAUUACGCUGGAAAAGUUGUACAUAAUAUAGCUUAAGAGUAAUUAAACAUCCAACCAAUCAAUUCGCCGCUUUCUUACCUCAUUCAUAGAAACCAGUCAUUUUCAACACAUUGGUAGCUUAGAGUGCUCACUUACUACCUCUAAACAAUAUCACCAACAUAAUGUCUUUCUUUUCUUUUUCUUUCUGGUCUAUAUUUGAUGGUUUAAGCCACUUCUUUUGAUUACAUCUCCCAACAGUGUAAACUCUUCAUUCUCUAUGUAAUCUAAUGUAUAUUUUAAUCUUUUAAUAAAAUGGUGUUGCUGUGCUGCAACUCAAAAUAAAAAAAAAUAAAAAAAUAACAAUAUUAACACAAUGGGGAAACACAGACAGGGAUAGGGGCGAAGGAAUUGUUGGUUAAUGGCUUUUAUCGAGGGGGGUGAUAAACACCAAACAGUAAAACUGUUGUAAAUACCGAAGGGGAAAAAAAAACAUUUUGAAUGUUGCUCAUCUUGUUACUAAACCGUUCAGAAAAAAAGAAAAAAAAAAAUCACUAUAAAAAGUGUAAUGCAUAGAGGUUUCAGUAUUCAGAACUGCACAUUUUCAGCUCUGUUCAACAGGGUUCAAGACUUAUUUUUCUCUUUUUUUCUAUUGUAUGUGAUUCUGAAACUGAAAAAAAAGUCAUGACAAAUGAUUUGUGGCAGUGAUUCUAAUGUAUUAAAGAUGUUUAGUGUUACUUUCUAACCAGACUACACCCUGGACAGAAAAGUCUUCCUUGUGGUAGUUGUGUAAUUUCAAACAUGAAUAAACAUUUUUGCUUUAAUGACA